GAUGCUGCUGCUGCAUGUGCAGUGCAAAGCGCUUGGCUGUGAUAGGCUGAGAGGACGUGGAUACUCUGCCUAUAUAUGCUGGCGACUGCAUCCUCUGUGCUUUAUAGCUGUCACAGAGGAGCAAAAACAGUGAGAAGGACAGAGGAGCAGGAGGAACCUUACCAACUCACUGGUUUUUCUGAUAAUCAGUCCUAAACUCUGAUACCCAUGGAUGCUGCAGAGUUCCGCAAGAGAGGGAAGGAGAUGGUGGACUAUAUUGCAGAUUACCUGGAGAAGAUAGAUAAAAGACAAGUCUUCCCAGAUGUGGAACCAGGAUAUCUAAGGCCCCUCAUCCCAGACUGUGCACCCCAGGAUCCUGAGAGCUUUGAGGAUGUCUUUAAAGACAUUGAGAAGAUCAUUAUGCCAGGGGUGACUCACUGGCACAGUCCGUACUUUUUUGCCUACUUCCCUGCAGCCUCUUCCUUCCCAGCGCUUCUUGCGGAUAUGUUAUGUGGUGGAAUAGGAUGUGUGGGCUUCUCUUGGGCCGCAAGUCCAGCCUGCACAGAGCUGGAGACUGUCAUGCUGGAUUGGCUGGGGAAGAUGAUUAAUUUGCCUGGAGAGUUUUUAGCUGGGAAGGAUGGCCAAGGUGGAGGAGUCAUUCAGGGAAGUGCAAGUGAGGCCACACUGAUUUCACUGCUUGCUGCAAGAACAAAAACUAUCAGACGAGUGCAGUCAGAAAAGCCUGAGCUAACAGAAGCAGACAUCAUGGGCAGGCUGGUGGCCUAUGCUUCUGAUCAGGCUCAUUCAUCAGUGGAAAGGGCUGCAUUAAUUGGUGGUGUGAAGAUUAAAAAUGUUUCUUCAGAUGAUACGUUUAGUGUUUGUGGUUCAGCCCUAAAGAAAGUUGUGGAUGAAGACAAAGCUUCUGGUCUUAUUCCCUUCUUUUUCUGUGCAACGCUUGGAACCACACCUUGCUGCUCCUUUGACAAACUGUUAGAACUGGGUCCUAUUUGUAAUAAGGAAAAUAUCUGGAUGCAUAUUGAUGCAGCCUAUGCUGGGAGUGCAUUCAUCUGCCCUGAAUUCAGGCAUCUUCUAAAUGGAGUAGAGUUUGCAGAUUCAUUUAACUUUAAUCCUCACAAAUGGCUGCUAGUGAAUUUUGAUUGCUCUGCUAUGUGGGUGAAAAAAAGAUCAGAUUUAACAGGUGCCUUUAAAUUAGAACCUCUUUACCUGCAGCAUCACCAUCAGGAGUCUGGCCUUGUAACAGAUUAUCGGCACUGGCAAAUCCCCCUGGGCAGGAGGUUCCGCUCCCUGAAGCUCUGGUUCGUGCUGAGGAUGUAUGGAGUCACGGGACUGCAGGAGCACAUCCGCAAGCACAUCAGGCUGUCGCAUCAAUUUGAACAUUUAGUCCUUCAGGAUGAAAGAUUUGAGAUCUGUGCUAAGGUUGUUUUGGGAUUAGUCUGUUUUCGGCUGAAGGGCUCAAAUGAACUAAAUAAGGCGCUUCUUAAAAGCAUAAAUGAGGCCAAGAAGAUCCAUCUCGUCCCGUGCCACCUGCGAGAGACGUUUGUGCUACGUUUUGCUAUUUGUUCCCGCACAGUGGAAUCCACCCACAUCACGUUUGCCUGGCAGCACAUCUCACAGCUGGCAACUGAUCUGCUGAAAACAUGGGAGCAAAACCACCACCAGCAGUAACAGCAGUGAAGUAGCAGUGGGGAGGAGGUAAUUAGCUGGCCUUCUGUGUUGCCAAGUUUUAUUUUAGGGGCAGGUGGGAAAGUCAAAUUAUGAAGGAAAAAAAUAUAAAACCUCUUGUUAUAUAGCCCAGCUGCAAUAGCAAAAUCCUUGCCAGCAAGCUGUGUUGUAACCUUAUUCAUUCCUUCUCUGUACUGUAGUUUCAUCUUGCCUGUUUCCAGGAUGCACAUAGCCAUGGGGGCUCGAGCUGUCAAGCCUUUCUUACCAGUUUGUAAUCCAGAGCUUUUAUGAACCAGGCAAUGGAAGGGUUAGUGCUUUCUCUGUUGUCCCCCUUAACCUCUAGCACACCCACCCCUCUUCUCACAGAUGAAACGGUGAGGUGUUAUAACCAAUUAACAUUGCUGUGACUUCAGAAAGAGUCCAAGUCGGGAGAAGUUUAGUAAACUGGUUCUAACACUGUACAUGUCCUAUCUAAACAGGCGCACACAAAUGUUGUUGUCAUGAUGUGGGGCACUAUCAUGUCAUGACAUGCUUGCUGCAGUCAUUUUGUAAAUGAAGUUAGAACUUCAGGACUUACAUAUCCAGGUCAGGGAGGAGUGAGCACUAAAUGAACACUAACCAUCAUUGUGGCAGGUUCUCCACUUUCUCCUAAAGGCUUUGCUUUUAAAACAGCCAUUUCGUCCAAUCUCAACAAAUAGGUUAUGCUGGCUAUUGGCUUUCACUUUGAUCAUUCAUAAUGAGGCUUCUUAAAAGCUCCUUCUUAAGAGUUUUGGCAAAAGCCAUGUGCUACCUGGUAUUCUAUAUUUUUAACCAAGUUACUAUAAGCAGUGAUUACUUGAAAAUAAUCUGUAAACUAUGUUCUGUGAAACAGAAUUGUGAUUUCUUUUAAUGGCUAUCAUUCUGCUUACUUCAUUGUGUAAUAAAUCUUUGACAAAAUAUGCUAAGAAAUGAGAUGGCAAAAAUGUUACUCUUUGUUUCUCAAAUUAGCUAACAAAAGAGAUAACAAAUUACAAUAUAAAUUAAGAGAACUAACCCCCAAAAUAAGCUGUGGUGCCCUCAUCAGUGUUUUUCUUCCAUUAACAGUGACGCAUGGAAUAUGAAAAUACUGGAAAACAAUUAACCUUCAGAGAAAGUCAAAUAAUAUGUACAUGGCACAAACGAUUGAUAUGUUGUCCUGCCAAAGGCAGGUACAGUCAAGAGGUGAAAUGGAAGUCAGAAACACCAUCUGACUUUAAUAAGUACUUCUGCUGUUUUGAAAACACAAAUUCCAGACAGUUACUUCUGUGUAAAUAAGAACAAAAUAAAUAGCUACUCCAAGAAAAAUAACCUGUAGGAUUAAUUUCUACAUUUGCAUUUGUUUUCAUCUUUUUCCUUUUACUGCUCAUAUUAACUUCUAAAGCAUCUUGAAUAACUCGCACAAUUACUCAGCUUUCUCCCUUCAUCCCUUGCAAGUAUACUUCCUACAUUUGGGAAUUGGCAAGUAGGCCAUGAAACAUGCACCAGGACAAUUACUUUGGCACACAGUCUGCUCCUACCCACUGUCUUUCCAGAAGGGAUUAAAUAAACUGACUAUGGACCAGGUGGAUUAUUCUGGUGAUUCCUAAUCACCUCACUGCUGUGGUGCAAACUGGGGAAGGAUUAGUAUUAUUGUGUGCACAAGUGGUACAUCAGAGAUGUGCAUGAAUCCUGACACUGAGGAAAAACUGACCAAGCUCUGCAUUUUCAGCAGGUCAAGCUGUGCAACUAGGGGAGGCGCUGGCAUACCACCCUUCUGUAAGGCUAGCCAGAGGCUGUGUUACCCACCCAGACAGAAAAGCUAAUUACUAUUUAAGGAAUUGAUUUCACAGGUAACAGAUGAAGCAAAGGAUGACAAAUUAAUCUGGCAAAAACAAGUAGUACUCGAGCAGGUGACUGAGCCUUUCCACAAGACAAUACUCUAAGCUCCAGUAUCAGGAAUUUCGAUAGCAUCAUUCUCUUUAGCAGAACCAAUAUGAAAUUAAGCUUUUCUAUAGUAGAACAAUGUAAUAGAUUGGUAGACUGAAGAGAUUGGAAAAUGCUGGCAGUUGUUUCCUUUCUCUGUUACUAGUUUUUUGAAAACAUUCAUUUCUCAUGACUUGGGAGACAAAGUUCACCCAUAGCACAUAUAUCAUAGAAUCACAGAAUGGUUUGUGUUGGAAGGGACCUUAAAGAUCAUCCAGUUCCACCCCCCCUGCCAUGGGCAGGGACACCUUCCACUGGACCAGGUUGCUCAAAGCCCCGUCCAGCCUGGCCUUGGACACUUCCAGGGAGGGGACGUGGUCCACACUGAUACAAUUUUACAGAUUUUGCAUUAUGAAAACACUAGAAUCUAGGAGCCAGAGAAGAAUUACACCUUCUCUAUGAGACAGACCAGUAUUUUGCAUGUGAAUAUAUAACCAGGUCUGCCCAGGAGAAAAAAAAAAAAGAAAAAACGAGAUCAGAUUCUGAUCAAAGCUAUCAUGGAGUAAAUCUAGGAUAAUUCCACUGAAAUGAAGUGGAGCUGCUUUGGGCUUAUGUGGCUAUAAUUGAAAUUAGAAUCUAACUAAUAAGUACUGGAAAAGAAAUGCAUAAGGUAAGGCAACACUAGACUGAACAGAAGAGGAUUUUGGUGGAAAUCCUCUCCAUGGAAACCAGAGCAGAGGUGGAUGAUGCACACCUGUGUGAGCCUCAAACUGCUGUAGAACAGGGGCAUGGCCAGGAUGCAUAUCCAAACCCAGGAGAGGUGAAAUGUUCCCAGCAGCCCAGAAUUAGACGUAGGUCCCUCUAGACAUUUGUGGGAAAAUGUUGCUGAAGCUGACAUUGUUAAACAUUCUUCAGCAUAUGGGUAUCAGUUUUAGAAGAGGCUGUUGUCAAUACCAAAACUCCUUUUGGCAAAGAACUUAGAUAAGGGUUAAUUUAAAAUAUUAUAAAUGUAGUAGAAGUUAAUUUAUUUUUGUUUUUAAAGAAGUGAUGUAAGUAAAUCUUGUAAUAAACAGCAGUGACAAUACCUAUGGAAUUAUAUUUGCCCAUGGCUAGCCAAAUACAGAAAUCUGAAGUUCACAGUUCUAGUUCUUCUGAAAUUCUGGGAUGAUCUGAAUAUGUACUUGGUGAAGGCCGUCUUAGUAUUUAUUCAGUCUCACAUACCCUCUUUUCCCCAUAUGGUAAGUCCUUGAUUGACUAUUAAUGUUAGGUUAUCUGAAAAUGAAGUCUGGGCUAUGUAAUCAAGAACUAAAGUGUUGAAAAGAACAUUUUGAAAGAAGAAUGUAACUGCUGUUUCUGUUCUGUAGCUUUGCACCAUAUCUGUAAGUGAGAAAUACUGUAUUUAUGAAUAGUUAAUAUGUGAACCUGAAUUUGUUUUGCCUUGUGUGCAAAAGCUAAUACAGUCUGUGCCAAUUAAUGCUGUUUGAUGUUAAAAAUACUUACAACAUCUCAGAACUGUACUUUAGUAGAAUAUCCACAUCUCAAGGGAGACAGUGCGGCUACUAGAGGAGGGAAAAAAAGUAACUUUUUCAGUAACCGUAUGUGCUUUUUUUUUAAACUAGUGGAGCGCUAGUACAAUACUUACAUUCCUAAUAAUGAUGACAGAUUAUAAAUAUAUUUUAUUACUGAUGGUGAAAUACUGAAAAGAUACGUAUUUAUGAAAGUAUUGCUAAUAUAUGAUACUCUGAACUGAAUUAUAAUUAUUAAAUUUAUAACUUUCUCUUGCAUUUGCAUAUCAUAUUCUGCUCACAGUGAUUGUUUUGUUGUUGUUGUUGCUGUUGUUGUCUCCUGUAAGGAUGCCAUAUUUGAUGAGUAGCCCUCACAUUGCAGUUGCCUUAAAACAGCAGUCUAAAUGUUGAGAUGUGUAAACCUGAAUUGCUCAAAGCCAGGAGCAAAUGAGAAAUAAAACCGAGAACUCUGAAGACCAGGGUGGUGGGGGCAGAUUAAAUAACCAUCAAUGGAUAAUACCUACAUCACAUACACAGAGUCUGUGUGACCUAAACGGAAAAGUAAUCAGAUGUUUAGUGCUUUUUUAUUACCAUUUGUGAGCUGCCAAGUUUUUUCAAAAUCUGUAUCCAUAGCCUACUAAACAGACGUGUGGGUUUUAAUUGGCAGCAUUAAUAAAUGGAAACAAAACUA